UUGUUUUUGAUUUUGGCUUUGCUUUAUUUCUUUACGUAAAGUUGAGUCCAAGUUGAGACACUCCCACAAUUGCAAGAUAACCGCGACUGCGCGCGUGUUUCCAACGCUUCGAAUCGCAGAUCGUGUGCCGCGAGGCAGUGGAGGAGUCGCUGGGGGACACUACAGAGUACCCCCCUCAAGUUAUAGGGAAGCCUGCCUCUGGGUGCGUCGGGAACUGCUUUACAGUGAUUUCAUGGCACAGCAAUUCACACAGCACUUCAGUUUGACUUUGCCACUCGCUCCGCUUUGUGUUUUUCUUGAAUCGAGACUCGAUUCGCUCCGAUCUACUCGAUCUACGAUCUCCGGUCUCUCGUCUCUGGUCUCUGGUCUGCCGCCCACCACAGAUCUCUCCUCUGUGGUUCUGUCUCCGUAAUCGCCCCAUUAGGCCCAACAUCGAUAUACACAUAUUAUAUAAAAUGCGGCAUCUGUUGCUGUUGUUCGUACUCUACCUGGCUCUGUCGCUGGCCAAACCGGCCACGGAGGCGCCUCGCCUGCUCAUCGACUCUGCCCCCUCGGUGGUUUCCUACCAGGGCUCCUCCCAAACGCACACACGCUUCGUCAUUGCGCCUAUGGGCAGGGCCCUGGGCUACGUGGAGCCCACGAAUCUCAAUCGGACGUUCCACACAAAGCCCACGACUCGGGAGGAGGGCUCUGGCUAUGAUCUGCUCAAUCUGAGUCCAGUUUAUGUGCCGCAUAAUUGAUUAGGUUGCAUUAUAGAUUGUACGCUUAGAAAUAUCUAGUUGAAUUCGAGUAAAUAUAUGCCGGCGAUGCCUAAAACAA